UUGACCUGACAAAAUGAUGAGGCGAUCCAAAGUAAAAUUCAGAAAGCAGCAAUCUAUUACGAGCGCCUUCAGCAAAGCAAAGCGCUGUCCAGAAGGGAUAGAGGGCAGUAUUGAAGACUGUGACCAUGGCUUCCACGCCAAAGGUGAUGCAGCAGCUGAUGAGGUGUCUAUGGCAACUCUAGACUGCGAUCCAUCGUCAUGCCAGGCUUCUUCUGCAGCAAGUACGUUCGGAGACGUGGGAGAUUCUUUUAGCGUGGACUUUUUUUCAUGGUCAGUACGCUGUACGUUGGAGAAGUUGCUUGAACCUCCGGGCUCUUUCCAGAGUGCAUGAUCGAUACAAAAUACAACUCAUCUGUUUUCCUCUAAGUCUGACUCUAUGCAGGAGAUUGUGUCACACUGAAAUUUAAUGUGGUUGGCUGAAGUUUCAGACUCAUUCUUUUUUUCUUGUGGUGACUGUGACAAAAAUUUUGACUAUAGGUGGGCGUGGUUGGUUUAAAGUGGGUGUGCCAGUAGUUUGCUGAGUGCGCACCCCACUCCAAGUAGGCCUGGCUACGCCACUGUGUGUGUGUGUGUGUGUGUGUGUGUGUGUGUGUGUGUGUGUGUGUGUGUGUGUGUGUGUGUGUGUGUGUGUGUGUGUGUGUGUGUGUGUGUGUGUGUGCGCGCGCGCGCGCGUGCACCACCCUCAUAGAAGAGGGGAGCUAGGAAGUUUGCUUUUUCUCUCGCUUGUAGACAAAAAGUAGAGGAACAGUAGUGACGUUUCAAGACUCGAGGCCAACGAAACCCGUCGAUUGCAGUCAUUACAUGCAUGCUGGAAAGAGCUCCUGUCGACAGAUAUGCAUGCGGUGCCUAUGAUGACAGUGUGGCGUCUAAAACCAGGUCUGGACUCGAAGCAGCACAAGCAUUGACUUUGUCCACAAUGGAACAAGCAGCAAGCCACGUUGAGAUGUCUAUAGCUCAGGGGCUGGUUCUGACAACACUGCUUGAGUUGGUGGUGUCAGUUGUGGCUGAUCAAUUAACUAGCAGAUUGUACUGGUUGAUUGGACUGCAUGCUGUCGAUCGAAGAGAUGCUGCCAUUGACACAAGGAUGAUUACCCUCCCCCGCAAGUUUUUGUUCACGUGAGCGAUCGAAGAGACAGUCUGACGUUGUAGGACGACUGCAUUCUAACAAGAUCAAGCAAUGAAAGACCGUCUGAAAGAUCUAUACACUCAGGGAAAUGUUUCUACGAGUACCGAACUCGAGCUCGAGCCAGCAGACGACGCCUACGGUGAAGGAGCGACCGGUUGGCCAGACUUGUUUUCUCAGGUCGAUGAAGUGCAAGACAGGGUCAACCGUCUCGAGGUGCUUAUCAAUUCCAUGAGGCAGCUGCACGACGAGAUCAUUCACACUCCGCUGCUUGAUCACUCGAAAGGCAAAUCGCCAGCAGAACGGCUGGAGAGUAUGAUGGAUGAGGUGAAAUCCGAGGCAAGGUCGGUGCAGGCCAGAUUAAAAAAUAUGGAAAAGAAGCUGGAAGAAGAGCAACGCGGAGCGAGCAGACACUCAACAGAAUUGCGAAUUCGAAAAGCUCAACAUUCUCAUUUGUCACGCAAAUUUAUGAGUGUGAUGGAGGACUACAAUAGAGUGCAGACUGAGUACAGAGAUCAGUGCAAAGAUAGAAUUGUUCGUCAGCUAAACAUAACUGGAAAGGAAAUGACCGCGAGUGAAGUCGAAGAAAAGUUGGACGAAGGAGACCUACAAGUCUUUACACAAGAUAUAAUUUUAGAUAAUGAAAGAGUCAAACAAGCCAUUGGAGACAUUGAAGCCAGACACAAUGACAUCAUCACGUUAGAGAAGAGCAUGAAGGAGCUGCUAGAACUAUUUCAAGAACUGGCAACUAUGGUUUACGAACAGGGUGAACUUAUCAACAACAUCGAGAAUAACGUGACUGCAGCUGCGGAGUACGUUAGAGAAGGAAAAGGCCAGAUCAAGAAAGCAGUACAACUGCAGAGCAAAAUCAGACACAAGAAGAUAGCUUGCAUCGUCUUUUGUCUCAUUUUGCUCGCAGCUAUUGCGCUCAUUAUAGGAUUGGCAGUUGGAUUGUAACAAAGCAAGUUUUCAAUCACGUGGUUUUGAUAGAUAGGGCCAUAAACUGCUUUGCUAAUCAUGUAUAGAAUAUGGCACUAUAUGUACGGACUGUACGCUAGAAUGGAAUGAAUUUUUAAAUACGUAUAGCGUGCUCGUCUGAAU